GUUAUUAAUGGUUUGUCCCCAUAAAGCACUUCUAUCCAACAUGGCGCGGAUGAUGAAAGCUGGGAAGCUGAUCUCUGUAAUCGGCGAUGAAGACACCUGUACUGGGUUUCUACUGGGAGGUAUUGGGGAGAUGAACAAGGAAAGAAAACCCAACUUCCUGGUGGUGGAAAAAGACACCAGUGUGAGUGAAAUUGAGGAAACUUUCAAGAGUUUUGUGCAGAGAAGUGACAUUGCUGUCAUCCUGAUAAACCAAAAUAUAGCAGAGUUGAUCCGACAUGUGAUUGACGCUCACUCCAACCCCAUUCCUGCUGUUCUGGAGAUUCCAUCCAAAGACCAUCCGUAUGACGCCAGCAAGGAUUCCAUCCUCAGACGAGCAAAGGGUAUGUUCAACCCAGAUGACUUCCGGUGAAGAAUCUGCAGUCAUUCCUUUGAUGAUCUUAAAAAGAUUUUCACAGUCCCAGUUGUAAUGUUGUCCUAGUGGACCUUCUCUUGGAACCAUGGAUGUCAAGUAGUUACUCUAUAAUUCACUGUGUAGUCUAUAAAUAAAGUGUAACAGAAAUACGAUGUUCUACAAAACUGUUGUAGUGUCAUAGAAUGAAUGCUGAUGACAUAAUAUUCAAGUCUGUAGCUAGUAAAAGUUCAUGACAAUUCUAUAUUGAUGUACGCAUUUUACAAAAAAAACCCUUUUCUUUAAUAGCUGAAACUGUGAUACUUUGUGAAUGUUGUAUUUAAGUAUAUGUAUGAGGCAGUAAGUAUGAAUUGGAAAGUGUAGGAAAUGGUGAAUGUACUUGAUGGUAAGUAUAUGUAGUCUAUAUACAUACCUGUGUAAAUUCAAUUAUUUUUGCACAGGCUCAGUUGAAACAAUUCUGUAGUAAUACAUUGGAACACAUAUUUGCAGUGUUGUGAAUUCGUGUUGGAGAGGCUACCUCCAAAAUAAGACCACUGCAAAACAUUUCAAGAUAUACAGUAAACAGUAUGUAUGAUACACCCAUCAUGGAAAGGAAUCAAAAACCAUCAGACACAUUUGUGAUGUAGAUCAGGAAGUCUAUUAAACACAGGACCAAGCAAACACCC